GGAAUAAAAGUGUAAAAAUUUUCGUAUAUCAAAAUUUUCAAUAAAAACAACUGGCGGAAAGUGUCCUCGUAACAAAACUUUAGUAUAUCUUUUAAAAAAUCUAAUUUUUAGUCAUGGAUCCUAUGCUAAUUGUUUCCCCAAAGGACAAACUCCGUUUCUCAAAAACGGGUGAACGUGAAUGUCUUUUGCAUCUUAAAAAUUCGGUUAAUACUCCAAUUACAUAUAAGGUUCAGACCUCAUCACCAAUGAAAUUCCGUGUCAGACCACGUUUUGGUGUUUUGCAACAAGGCGAAUCAGUAAAUGUUGCCAUUGUUCUAAAAAAUCACGUAAAACUUAAAGAAGGAUUCGAAAAAGAUAAGUUCCUCAUAAGUGCUCUACCAGCUCCUCCUGAUUUGAAUGGACCGGAAGUCAUGGAAAUGUUUUGGAAACAAGUUCCUUCAAAGUCUUACAAAAUUGAACAACAUCGCGUAUCCUGUGUAUAUGAUGUAUUAAAAGCGCCGGUGGAAUGUUUAUGUUGUCAAAGGUCAAAGGUAGAUAAAAUAAUUAAGUGUUCAAAAAAUUAACGUUUAUGUGACAUA